UUUUUUAGCUGCUUCGUGACGUUCUCUCUCGAGCUUUCUUCUUCAUUCGCCAAACCCUCCACUCCACUUGUCGGACUCCAUUGCCAUCCAGAGAGAGCCCAAACAUAACCGCCGACCAGAGAAAAAAUGGCUUUAACCCACCGCUCUCCAAAUUUCCUAAAACCUCUCUCCGCCGCCGCCCUCUCUCUCGCCCAACCCCUCCGCCGCCCCUUCUCCUCCUCGUCCGACACCGCCACCCUCACCGUCGAGACCAGCGUCCCCUUCACCGGCCACAGAUGCGACCCCCCGUCGCGCGCCGUCGAGACCACGCCCAGGGAGCUAAUGGCCUUCUUCCGCGCCAUGGCGACGAUGCGACGCAUGGAGAUCGCGGCCGACUCGCUCUACAAGGCGAAGCUGAUCCGCGGGUUCUGCCACCUCUACGACGGGCAGGAGGCGGUUGCGGUCGGCAUGGAGGCGGCGAUCACCAAGAAGGACUGCAUCAUCACGGCCUACCGCGACCACUGCCUCUUCCUUGGCCGCGGCGGGACCCUGGUGGAGGCGUUCUCGGAGUUGAUGGGGCGCCAGGCCGGGUGUUCUAAGGGCAAGGGUGGGUCUAUGCAUUUCUACAAGAAGGACAGUGGGUUCUAUGGAGGGCAUGGGAUUGUGGGAGCUCAGGUUCCUUUAGGUUGUGGAUUGGCUUUUGCUCAAAAGUACUCCAAGGAAGAGCAUGUGACCUUUGCCUUGUACGGGGAUGGGGCGGCGAAUCAGGGGCAGUUGUUUGAGGCACUUAAUAUGGCUGCGCUUUGGGAUCUACCUGCAAUUUUGGUUUGCGAAAACAAUCAUUAUGGAAUGGGGACGGCGGAAUGGAGAGCAGCGAAGAGUCCGGCCUACUACAAGAGAGGGGAUUAUGUUCCUGGGUUGAAGGUAGAUGGUAUGGAUGCCGUUGCCGUGAAACAAGCUUGCAAGUUUGCCAAGGAGCACGCUUUGAAGAAUGGACCCAUUAUUCUUGAAAUGGACACUUACAGGUACCACGGUCAUUCUAUGUCUGAUCCAGGGAGCACAUACCGCACACGUGAUGAGAUUACUGGUGUGAGACAGGAGCGUGAUCCAAUUGAAAGAAUAAGAAAGCUGGUGCUAUCUCAUGAGUUAGCCACUGAAAAGGAGCUAAAGGACAUUGAGAAGGAAAUUAGAAAAGAAGUAGAUGAAGCCAUUGCUAAAGCCAAGGAAAGCCCAAUGCCAGAUCCUUCCGAACUCUUCACCAAUGUGUAUGUUAAAGGCUACGGGGUCGAGGUCACCCAAAUUGCUUGCGGAUUUUUGUUGCAGGCGUUUGGAGCAGAUAGGAAAGAAGUCAGAGCUGUACUCCCUUGAGGCAGAUUCGGGGAAAUUUUCCAACCCUCAAGAAAUUGGAAGGAGAGUUUUGAACAUUAAUGCUGAUUUGUAAAGUUCUUUUGCUCAUUUUGGGUAUGGUAAAGGUUUCUUUUCCAGGUAUUGGGGAGAAUUUUUUUUGUUGGGGAGUAUAUUUGGGUCGCAGCUUAUGUUUUACCACUCUCACGUGCUUUCUGGAGUCAUGGAAAAGUUUAAUCUGUAAAUUGGGUUUUUGCUUAAUUCAAAAAACAAGCACUUAUUGAAAAAAUAAGUACUUAUUUUUGUUA